AAGCCCACAACCAUCGCUCUCGAGCAACACCAACACCCAAAUGAAACAUGAGGCCACCCAGCCAAAAGGCUGCCGGUUGAACGCAUGCUCAAAUGAUUCCAGUCUCCCCUUACACGCAGGACUCCUUCACGAAAGCAACCGCGUCCACGCUACACAAUUCACAUAAUAGUCCGCCUCCAUCUCAACCCCGCAUUCUCCCCAAGCUCAAACGCGUGAACCGACGAAGUUCAAAGUACCCGUUAAACCCAGUGCGCAGACUACGCCCAAGAUAUCCCGCUGUCAUGCCAAGGCGAAACGCGAUGCGGAAGCCCCACACUGGUGGGUAGUGGAAGAGGCAACGGGCGAGGUUGGGCGAUAUGGUGGCUAACAUGGGAGGUAUGAUGAUUGAUGUACGUGAUGAAGGAUA